UAGUACUGCUUUUAUUCCAUUUAUCAAGCUUGACUCUCCGUUCAUCUGACUAAGUGAGCGUUUUUUUUGUGCUUCAAUUUUUGGUCCCUCAAGCUGGUUAAAAUGACAACUGUUCUGCUUCAGAUCAUGGCUGUCCUUCUCGUCUUCUGGGUGCCUACUAUGCACUCAUGUGAAGUCAGUAUCCAUCCCAAAGUAAAUGCUGUGAUGUUUGGGGCUUCUUUGAAUUUGACGUGCACAGUUUCGUGUAACAACUAUACUGAACUGAGAUGGGAAGUGGCUCUUCCAUUCAUGCUCAAGAAGGGAGAUGGUUGGAUUAAUCUGUACAUAACCAGUGUGACUGAAUGGGCACUUCCACUCUCAUGCUUAGUUAAUUAUGGAGACUUUAAUCAAACCUACACCAGGAAAGUAAUUUAUGUUUACGAAUUCUCUACUCCAGUUAUAUAUCCAGUUUCUGAAGUUCUGAAUGAUCACUUGGAAAAAAUCGUGUGCAACAUUUCUAGCCUGAAGGUGCGGGGCUCCAUCCCAUCUCACAGCAACAUUUCUCUGAGCAGAGAUGGUAAAAUUCUGAACAGCAGCCAUGGAAAACCAUCUGUGGAGUAUAAUUUUGUGCCUAAUUUAGAGCACGAUGACGGGGCUGAGAUCCUCUGUCAGGCCAACCUUCUGUUGGGUUCACAAGUGCUGAGAAAAAAUGCAAAUCAAACUCUGAAGGUUGUGGCUAGCCCUUAUAAUGUCAGCAUAUCGGCUACUCAUGUAACUUAUAAAGUGGAUGCAAAAAUUGUGGUGACAUGUAAUGCUACAGGAAAACCCAAUCCAGAAUAUUCCUGGGAACUUCCCUCCAAAGUUAAUGUGGAAUUCUCAAAUAGCAACAGGACUGUAACAAUUAAUUCAGCAAAGGAGUUCCACAAUGGGACUUACCGUUGCCUAAUACAUAAUAUCUAUGGCAAGAAUUCAGCACAGAUUGACAUCGUCUUUGAAGGGAAGUCUCGCAACUGGGUUAUAGCUCCGGUGAUAACAAUGUUAGUAUUGGGUGCAAUCAUCAUUGGUGGUGUCGUUUACUUUUGCCGAACACGUCCACUUUAAGAGAGGGCAGAUCGGGAUUCCUUUGGGAUGAAGAGGCAGAAUUUGCAGGGGAUCUGUUUCGAGCUACAACAGAAGCCAGAAUGAGAAGCAAUCUUAGUUCUCAUUCACAACUCUACACAGCAGCAGAGGCAGAAUUUGGAUAAUCUCCUCCACGGUGCCUGGUCUACAUUCAACUACUGCUGAAGCCAGAAAAUGUUCCUAUGAGCAGUUGAGGGCUGUUAUAGGAAUUGGAACGUGUGCCAAAACAAAGCAAGAAGUUGGAUAUCUAUAUGAGAUAGGAGAUUCAGCUACCUGAGUGUUUGCAGUUGGAAAUAGGGGCAAAUGUUUCUAGUUCUUAGAGCUGAGCAUCAAAGAGUUAUCAAAAUUGAAUAAUGUAGGCAAAUUAACCCAUUACAUAUUUUUAAUUCUCUAUUGGAUUUAGACUGCUUUAUUCAAUAUAUUAUAAAAAGUGAGUUGUCUACAUUUUCCAAACAGAUCUACUUUGUCCCUUCUCCCUUUUGCUCUGCUGCAGCUCAUACAGGCUGCCUUGUGUCAAUUAAUAAGUAAAGUUUACAACAUUUCACAUCUUUCAUUGAAAUAAUCUUAGCCUUUGGCUGCAAUCUUAUGCAAAAUACCAGAAAAGUGAAAGUAGAAAUUAUCACUAUCUAUUUUUGAAUUGUUUGCAUUUAUGGAUGGUUUUUUUCCCCAUUUUGCUUCUAUCAAUAAAAAUACUUUAUUUUAAAAG